CGUGCGACAUUACUGCGUUCGAAUUUCAGUCGCCUCAAACCGCAUUUUCAGGCAAAGCAGUGCGUAACUCGGCAUCUUUCAGUGCUCAGACAAAAUGUGAUUAGUGAUAAGAAAGUGCUGAAAUGUGUCCCAACUGAGCGGAAUUUUUGGCAAAAGCCCAACGACUCAAAUAUGGCCACUGCUUGAGCCCACUAUGACGUACAUCACUGCCACCCUUACCAUAAUCAUUACGUUACGCUGUGCCCUUGCGGACUACGCCCACACCUACGUAAGGGAGAACACGACCAUCCUGACCCUGAAGCAGGGGUACCUGCAGGGCGUCGUCGUGGCGUUCCGCACCAACCGAAACCUCCCCCCUGUGGAACAGUACAAGGGGAUUCCCUACGCGGUGCCCCCCGUGGGGGACCUCCGGUUUAUGCCUCCGGGGAGCGCCCCCGGAUUCGGCCGCGGAGUGAAAUACGCAAACCGCUUCGGGCCGGUGUGUCCUCAAAAAUUCCCGGACACGGCGAAGAUGACUCCGGAACGGAGGGCCGAGUUUUUGAGACUGCAACAGUUUUUGGGGCAUCAGAGCGAGGAUUGCCUCUAUUUGAACAUUUACGCGCCGUAUCGAGGUAAUUCCGGGAGUUACCGGAGGUAUCCGGUGAUGGUUUUUAUUCAUGGAGAGUCGUUCGAAUGGAAUUCCGGGAAUCCUUACGACGGCAGCGUUUUGGCAGCGUAUGGGAAAGUGAUCGUGGUUACGCUGAACUAUAGAUUGGGUGUUUUAGGCUUCCUCAAAGUGGGCAGCGGAGACUACUUGAAGAGCAACUUCGGAUUAGUGGAUCAGAUAGCGGCGCUGCUCUGGGUCAAGGAGAACAUCGCCGAGUUUGGCGGUGAUCCCGACACUGUUACGUUGUUCGGACACGGAACGGGCGCGGUCUGCGCCAACUUACUCAUGCUCAGUCCGGUCAUCCAGCAGGAACACAACAAAACUCUCUUCCAACGGGCGAUUCUGAUGGGGGGCUCGGCCUUGUCGGACUGGGCCUUGGUCAGCAAGCCCCUCCACGUCACUUUCCAGGUGGCCAAUGCCCUCAACUGCCAAUUCGGCAAAGACUUCGCUGACUGUCUCCGUCGACGGAGGCUCGACGAGAUUAUGACAGCCGCUGAAGUCUCAUCUCCGUAUCAAACCGUCUUCGGACCAGUCGUCGACGCUGUGGUCCUCCCAAACGAGCCCAAGGAACUCAUGACGACUUACAGCGACAUUUUCCGAAGGUUUGAGCUAAUGUACGGCGUGACUGAGCUCGAGAGCAUCCACCUCCUCCCAGCCGACGCUCUCAAACUGGGAAUGCUGGAGAAGGAUCGUGACCAGGCAUUGAGGAGGUAUCUGGAGUCGCGCUGCGAGAUCAAGCCGGAUUGGUGCGUGACACGCACGCUGGCUGAGUACACACAACUGGAUUUCAUGGAAGAUGAGAGUUUUGGGGGCUACAGAGACGAGGGCUUUGACAAGGCGUCGGCGGCGCGGGACGCCCUCCUGGACAUCUUGUCGGACGCUCGGACGGUGGCGCCCAUGGUGCAGAUGGGGCAGUACCACUCGGCCCUCAACAGGGGCUCCUUCUUCUACGUCUUCACGCACAAGACCAUGUCCAAGGAAUAUAUCAGAGACAAGAGCUACACCGGGGAAGAGUUGCCAUACGUGUUUGGAGUUCCUUUGGGAGGAUCCAGGUUCCACUUCACUGAUUAUUACACCGAGAAAGAGCGACUUUUCUCCGAAGUAAUGAUGACCUACUUCUCGAAUUUUGCAUACACGGGUGACCCGAAAAUGCCACGAAAAAAUGAAUAUUACACUUUAAGUAUCAACGACUGGAUCAGUUUUGAUGUGGACUGGCCACCGUUUGAUUCCGACCAACAGCGGUACUUACAAUUGGGAAUUCCCCCAUACACAAUGAGCCACUACAGACACGACAAAAUGAGAUUCUGGAAUGAAGCCGUUCCGGACCUCACUACAAACAUCACCACCCCACUUUUGAAAAAACCCAUGCAAACACCUCCAAUUUCACCUCCUCGUAAAACACCGCCAUGGAUCCUCACACACCCUCCUCGUACAACAACAUACGUUGACAAAUACGAGAAUUUCCACAAACCGUAUUAUGGCGUUGUACGAGUCACUGGUACUUCUCCGCCUGACAAUAUCAUGAAUAACGUGGUCUAUGGUACCGAAAUCAAGUCACCAAGUCCCGUCUCGGAACCUGAGAGUAAGGGAAUUUCGACCACUGUGACUAUAGCAAUGUGUUCGAUUUUCCUCCUCUCCAAUCUCUGUCUCUUUGUGGUUUUGUAUCUAAUGUGUUAUCGAAAACGGAAGCGAAACGGGCAAAAAACCGACGAAAAUCCCGUCGCUCCGGACGAAGAAACGGGGAAUAAACUCAUGGACGGGUGCAAUUUAAUGAAGAUUGUGUCAAAAUCGGAAAGAAGUGAAGACACUUAUGAAGCAGUUAAAUCGCACCAAAGUGGCGGGAGAUUCAAAGUGGCUCGCCAAAUGUCGAGUAGUACCAUCGAUGCCCAUACGAAAGUACGCGACUGGAUUACGAACGAAAUUGUCUACAAGUACAGUCCUGGAAUUUUGCGACGGCCGAGGCAAAAUCAAGACAAAUCGCAAGAGAGUAAAGUCCAGAACGAGGAGAAAAAUUCGACUUUGGGGCGCAGUCCCACACGCCCUGUGAGUCCAGUACUUGCGGAGGAACCGCCCAAGACCCGCCCUCCGCUCGUUAAAUCUUCCAGUAUUCCAGUGCAGAAAAGUCGAGUUGAGAAAGUAUCAGUUGCCGUAGAUGCUACGCCUUCAGGAAGAGGGCCAAGUGUUCUAGCCCAACAACCAAUCGAAUUGACUAAAUCCUUAGACCGGCCCAACUUCGACACGCCUCUUCGCCGGUCUUUAACUUUGGAAGAUUUCACCAUAAUUCAGCCAAAGCAAGAGUUGAGGAAAAGUACUACAAGUAUCAAUUUAAAGUUCCCUCAACCUGACUCAACUGUGGUCCGUAUUGAACACGCCCAUUCGAAAUCCGACCCAGUGCAGGAUUUUACGCCACGGAAAUUACUGACUUUUGAUCCGAAUUCCGACGUUAAUGUGACUAGUCGAGAAGAGGAGGUGAAGGUGCCACUCACUCCGGAGGAGUCUCUGAUGACGAUCAAGAGACGAAACUUCCCGAAAGUCCUCCCGGAUUAUCCCUCUCGUGACGCACUGGCGAAGAAGAGGCGUUCGAUGCCCGUCUCACAUCUGGUGUUUUCUGCAAUUCCUGAAUUGCCCCGGAAACCCGGAAAAUCCUUUGGUAGGUUACCCCCGGCCCCGCCUUUGAGAACCACUUCGACUUUGACUCGGAAAGCUCCUAAUCAGACGCCAGUGUGCCAAUCAGCCCCGAUGCUAGCUCAAGAGCCGCCGUCUUCGCCGGAACCGGAAGUUGCUUGUAAUAAUUUGUACGUGGGUCCUUUGAUCCCUAAGUUGCACAAGACUGAACUGAGUUCGUCCGAGAGUUCAAAGUUAAAUACGCAGCCGAUUUAUGACAAGUUGCGAGUGGCUAGAGGGAGUGAAAAGACGACUAAAGGGAUUGCUAAGACUAUUAUCACCACUGACCCGAAUCAGCCGAUUAAGAAGGUCGAACCUAAGGUUAUUAUCAAGCCGACGAUGGCGCGGAAUGUGAGUGACCCCAAAAAGCAUAUACCGAGGGUCGUGUUGCGGGAGGACGAGGAGAAGAAGCCGUCGUUAAUCCCGACGCUUGUUAAGGGGAAAGAGUCUUCGAGUGAGGAGUCGACUCCUUCGGAGGAGUCAGACACCGGGACAGUGGUUAAGAGAUUGUGACUUAUUAUUACAGUAUUUAAGCAGUAUUUAAUUGUGUUCGCGACUUUUGUAUGUGCAUAAUAAAAAGAUUUGUAGACCGA